GUGGUCGGUUGGAAUUUUGCAAUUUGGCGGGAAGAACAGGUCAGAAAACUCAAACUUGUUAAGUACUGGAGUUAAGAUGGUGAGAAAAUCAGCAGGAAGAAAGAGCAUACAGUCAAGAAAGUCUCAGGGACGGAAUGGGACCUCACGUGCCCCACAACAGCGCCCACCAAUACCCACAACUACAAGGCGAAAAGGAACCGCUGCAUUAAGAGAGAUCAGAUUCUACCAAAAGAGUGUGUUUCUGCUCAUACCACGACUCCCUUUCUGUCGACUUUGUAGCGAAGUCCUCCGGGGAUUUAAUCGUUCACAUGACAUGAGAUGGCAAAAGGCAGCCCUGGAUUGUCUUCAAGAAGCAGCAGAAGCUUACCUGGUGAGUAUAAUGAAUGACAGCAACCUCCUGGCACACCACGCUAAAAGAGUCACUCUGAUGCCUCGUGAUAUAAGACUACUGAGACUCAUAAGAGAAUUAUAGAUCUAUCAUGAUAAUAGUCAUUUUUAUUUUAAAAUACUGCAAGUCGAUCUACUUGUAUAAUAA